ACAAAAUGAAAUGCCAUAUAAAUCCAGUACUCAACUGAUAGUACAUUUCAAGAUCUUUCCAAUUUCCUUAACUAACUUAAACAUGGCAUUUUCGACCCCGGUUGCAGUUCUUUUUAUCGCCAUUUUUACGACCCAUCUCUUGCUCGCACCAUCUACUUCAGAUGCUGCGAUUACGUGCAGCGAUGUGAUCAAAGAUCUGAAGCCAUGUAUUAACUACCUAAAAAGUGGCAGCGGAUCGCCCCCGGCCGACUGCUGUGCCGGAGCAUCAAAUCUUGCAUCAAGUACCACAUCCACAGCUGACAAGCAGGCUGCAUGUACCUGCCUUAAGAAUGCUUCCAAGAGCAUAAAUGUUAAGCCAGAGCUUGCAAAAUCUCUUCCAGGGAAUUGUGGCAUCAGCUUUCCUUAUCCUCUCUCUCCAACUGUUGAUUGUUCCAAGAUCAAUUAAAAUGGCGUAGUCCAAAGGCUAUUCAGUGCAUUUUCCAUCAAUAGCCUAUCUAUUCUUGAGUUUCACUAUCUGUGCUAUUUUCUGUAGAAUAAAAUGUAUUUUCAUUGUUGUGAAAAUGCAGUGCGAUUAUUAUGUUCUUAUAUAAUAUUUUGAAUGAUUUAUAUUAUUUUUA